AUGCCCAUUACCAUUCAAUUUCUACAUUUUAAAACCGAAUUACAUAAUCCUAUUCAUUCAGAAUUACCAUUAAAAAUCUUACGACAUGUACUUGAUUCAAUGGAUUUUCUCAAGAUUACCAAAUGGAUUUAUAAUCUUAGUCAAUUUUAUCUUCUUCUACAUAAGACUUAUACUCAAUUAAUUGAACAAGAUGAAUUUCAUAAAAUAACAUUAGAAGAAUUAUAUAAUCGAGGUCAAAAACAUUAUAAUGAACCACAUCAAUUUCAAUAUUAUCAUAGAAAUAAUAAUUAUUCAUUGAUUAUUGAUAAAGGAAUCGAAGCUGUCAAUGCCUAUCAUAAUUUUACCGAUGGUCUCAUUCGACCAGGUGCUUGUGAUCAAACUCAACAUUUCACUAAAAUUACACGUCAAACACCCAUACAUUAUUUAGUUACAACAGCAAAUUACGAUGAAGGAGAUAUUGUUAUGCGCAUACUCAGUGUUCUAAUUGACUAUCACAAUAAUCUAUUGAAUUUACUCGAACAAGAAAUGAAUAGUAAUGAUAAUCAUAUAUUUGGAGCUUUGAAAAAUUUAGUUAAUAAUUUAACUUCAAAAGAAGUAUCAAUUCUGCAAAUCGUACAUGAUAAUACUGGUAUGAUUACAUUGACUGAUAAUGAUUGUUUAUCGAUUGAACAAUUAUCUUGUGCAACUUUAAUCAAUGAAAAUGAUAAAUAUUUUCAACAAGAAGAUACUAAAUUUAAUUUUGAUUUUAUUUAUUUUCAAUCGUAUAUUAUUCGAACAUAUCUUCUAUUUUGUCGUAUUAAUUAUCGACAUAUUAGUCAAAAUUAUCAAUGUCAUAGAAGACGAACACAAACAAUAACAGAUGGAGAAAUAUUAGAUCUUGAUGAAAAAUAUUCAAUUGAAUUAUCUCAUCAACAAUUAGAAAACGAUUGGAAUCAUUUGAAAGAUAUGUACUUAGACAAACUCUAUCAUGGUCAUAAUUUUCUUCGACAAAUAACUAUUAUUUUAAAAAAUUAUCAAGAUGAUUUAUCUCAAAUAAAUCUUUAUGCAUUUGUUCAAUCAUUAGAUAAUGAUAAUAAUUUAUUUGAACAAAUUCAACAAUAUGAAAUAAAAGAUUUUCAAUUAUGUUAUAUUGAUCAUAUUCGACAAUUAUAUUCAAAUUCAAUAAGUGGUUUUCAACAUUUAUUUACUGAUGUAUCUCAAUUACUUCGAAUUCCAAUUGAACUUCAACUUGAUGAUGAACUUAAUCAAAUGUUAACAGCAGCAAUUAUUAGUAUUGAUUAUAAUGAUAAUAUUGAUAAAAUAAAAUUUACAAUACAAACAAUAACUGAUUUAUUAAAUGAUUUAAGAUCAAUUGAACAUUUUCUAUUACGACAAUCAACUUAUUCAUUAAAAGAAACAUAUGAUAUUCUAAAUAUUGAAAAUUCUAUUCUUGCUUUUAUACCAAAUGAAAUAAAAUGUGAAAAUUAUGUUGCUGUAAGUAUUCAUUUAAUUCGUAUGAGAACAAUACUUCAAGAACGAAUUGUUAAUAUUGAAGAAAAACAAACUAAACAAUGGAAUGAAAAUUUUAAUAUUAAAUCUUUCGAUGAACAAGAAAAACAAGUAAAUCGUUUUCUUGAUUUCCUUAAUGAACCAUCAGUAUCGAAUGAAACAUUACCAAAUAUAACUGAUUCAGAUGAUAAUGAUAUUUGGCCAGAAGUUCUUCAUGAUACGAUUAAUUAUUCAAAUAUAGAUAAUUUACUUGAUCGUGAUGAUUUCUCUCGACAACCACAACAUUCAAUAAUCGAAGAACAAUUAGAAUAUUCAUCUCUAUUUGAAUUACAUAUUAAAUUUGUUCCAUUAACAUUAUCAACUUUAUUUGAGCAAAUUCAUAAACAAUGUCAAGAAGUACAAAUACAAGUCGUACCUGUGACUAAAGCACAAAGAUUUGCCAUCACUUAUCCAGAUGGAAAAGUACAUAUUUACUUGUGGAAAAGGGAAAAUUUAUUUGAAAAAUUACGUUAUCUCUUUGAUAAAGAAAAAUACGAUAUUAAUACAUUUGUUGUUGUUGAUAAGAACGAAAUUUUUGUCGAUUUUACAAAUCCAAAUAUUCAAUUACAACAUGAAAUAUCUCUUGAAUAUUUUAUUAUUGAAAAGACAUUAUUAUUUUCAAUUCAAUUCAAUUAUCAAAAAAAUCUAUUUGAAUAUUUUUCCACAUCGAAAAGUCAUAUUUCUAUAAUUAUUAAUCGUUUUAUCGUUGAUAAUAAUAUUAAACUCUCAUUAAACAAUAUUUAUCUCUGUUUCUUCGAUCAACAUGGAAAAAUCAUCGACGAUGGAACCAUUGCUGAUCUAACCAAUCAAAUAGAUCAUCUUGACAAUAAAACAAUUUCGAUUACAGUUACACAAGAAGAUAAUCAAACGAGUAUGCUAUGCGAAGUCACUUUACGACCUAAACAAAAUACAGAACACACAAGUUUAUUUCAUCCGACAACAAAAUGGCAACAAAUUGAACAAUGGUUGAAAAAUUUUACUCAAUUGAUUGAUUCUCCUGUCAAUGAAUUUACUUUUCUUGAUAAAGAACAAAAAACAAUUAUCGAUGAAAAUCAAUCAAUAUGUUCAACAAUAGAACAAACAAAAUCGGCAGUUAUCGAUGGAAUUAGUCGAGAUAUUACAACUAAUGUAACUUUCUCCUAUGAAAAUAAUAGUGUAUUGAUACAAACAUUAAAAUCAAUGAUAAUCUGUCAUGUAUUAAAUAAUGAACGUCUUCUAAGACAAUUACAUCUUAUUGAUAUAUCUCCAAAUGAUUGUGUUCUUGUUUUGGGAGAAAUUAAUGAACGAAUUCUAUCUCAAGAUGAUAUUCGACAACCUAUUGGAAAUUAUUUAAAUACCAAUAAUGAGCCAAUUCAUUUUCGUAUAUCAAUUGCAAUUCAAAUAUUGAAAUAUGAUGAUCAACAACCAUUACAAAUACUCUUAUCAAAUAGAAAUACAACUAUACAACAUAUAUUUCAAUUAACACAAGCUUCAAUUCAUAUUUACAAAUAUUUAGCUUCGAAUUAUUCAAAAAAAAUUCUUGAUUAUAAUGAAAAACUUUCAAAUUUGAUUGAUACGAAAUUUAUUCUCGUUAAAGAAUGUGAAACAUGUCUUGUGUCAAUUAAAAAACCUAAAACUAAUCAAUUGAUUGAUAUUGAUGAUGAAAAAAACGAGAUUUAUCAACGAUUUACUAUUUUUGCUACGAUUGGUGAUAUUUACAGAGAAAAUCAAAUUGAUAUUGAUCAUCAAAAUCUUUUAUAUUCAGAAGAUUUCGUUCCAUCAAUAGAAACUCAGUUAAUUUGUUUUUCAUCUAUAUCACCUAUUCGAUUUACUUUAAUUAAUGGUAAUUUACCGAUUACAGUGAUCAUUGUAAAUAUGGAAGAUCAACAAUCGAUCAAAUUUUAUUGUUCAUUGACAAUUACAGUCAAACGUUUAUCUUUCAUUGCUUGUCAAUUGUUCAAUUUAAAUAAAAAUUAUUAUCGAUUGAUGCACGUUGAUUGUUUACUUGAUGAUGAUGAAGUUUCUCUAGAUGAUAUUGAUUCAACGAUGAGUCAAAUUCAAUUUCAAUUAAUUUCAACAGCAUCAAAAAAGAGUUCUGUCAGAUAUGAUGAUCAAACAGUUGUCUUGCCUUGUUCUAAUGAAACUUCGGCAGCAACAAUUAUCAAAGAAACAUUAAAAAAAUUACAUAUACCACAAGAAAAUUGUCAUAUCUAUGAAUUGAUGGCUUUAGCUGAUGAUCGAACACCAAUUGAGUCGGAUAUGUCUAUUGACGAUGUUUAUGAAUUAUUUCCUUCGCGUCCAACAACAAUACCAUUUGAAUUGAUAAAGAACAAAGAAUAG